GACAAUCGAAAGAUGUAAGUUUACGUAGUAGAUUCUUUAGCUUUUGCAUGAGCUUAUCGACUCUCGCGUUGAGUCAUUUCACCAUGUCGAAUUCGAUCACAACGUCAAGAGCACUGAGGGGUGUGUACUCAUCUCUCUCGACAAGACAAUGCCAACGAUGCUUGUCCAGCAGCGCUCUCCAGCCCAAGCAGCUUCGGCCAACCCUCCCACGAGCGCCAAUCCAGUCGAGACAGCCCAUUACGCAGCGCCGAACGAAAUACAAGACGAUUGAGCAGGCCAAGAGCCGAUAUAGCAAUGGGCCCUUUUCUUGGAAGGCCGGAAUUCUGUUUGUCGGUACCUGCGGCCUGUUAGUAUGGUACUUCGAGUUUGAGAAGGCGCGCAUGCAGCGUAAGAGAAUAGCUGAGGCGGCCAAGGGCGUGGGCCGACCAAAAGUUGGAGGAACCUUUGAGUUGAUCGAUCAGGAUGGAAAGCCAUUUACCAGCGAGAUGAUGAAGGGCAAACACUCUUUGGUGUACUUCGGAUUCACUCGAUGCCCUGAUAUCUGCCCCGAAGAACUCGACAAGAUGGCCACCAUGUUGGAUAUUGUCGAAGAAAAGGCACCGGGUGCACUUCUUCCCAUCUUCAUCACCUGCGAUCCGGCCCGUGAUACCCCAAAGGCUCUUAAGGAUUACCUGGGUGAAUUCCAUGAGAAGUUCAUUGGUUUGACCGGCACGUAUGAUCAGAUCAAGGCGCUCUGCAAGAAGUACCGCGUCUACUUCAGCACACCCCAGAACGUCAAGCCAGGACAGGACUAUUUGGUGGACCACAGCAUCUACUUUUACUUGAUGGACCCGGAUGGCGAUUUCGUUGAGGCAUUGGGCAGACAACACUCGCCGCAGCAGGCCGCAGCGCUUAUCUUGGACCAUAUGAAGGACUGGGAUAAGAAAUAGAGCAUUCGCUAUUUGGCUCUAAGGAGAAAGAACAUCCAUGGUUGGGUUGUAAGAUGAGCAGAUAUUGCGGGUGAUGUAAAAGUACUGUAAUAACAGAAUCAUGAACUCAUAGAAGGAUACUGUGACAUUAGGAACCACUCAAUCAACUGUACAUUUCCAUGAACUGCAUUAAAAGAAGAGCUC